AUGGGCUUAACCUCAGAUUUUUCUGUAGUUUGUAAACCUAAUUCUCAACACCCUCUGCUGACACUUGGCUUUAAAGUCCUCAACAUGGUCGUUGUGAUAAAAUGCAAGAAAUGCAGACACGAAUUAGUAAGGGAGGCUGACUGUCAGCGUGCAGUCGUGACCGCACAUGGAGAGAAACAUUAUCUGACAGAAACUGAGUGUUGUUCUAAUUCGGAACAGGACUCCCUUUGGUAUUUAGACGAGUCAGCUACUGCUUGGAUUUCUGAUUUAAUAACCAAGCACGAGUGGACAAAAGGAAAAUUAAACUGCCCCAACUGUGAAGCAAGAGUUGGCUCUUUUGACUUUGUCUCAACAUCAGCAUGUGAAUGUGGCUCUAGGACGCUGCCAGCUGUCCACCUUGUGAAAAGUAAAGUUGAUGCAUACUCUCAGAAAACUAAAGUAUUAGCUUCUUUAAAAUAAUUAAGAUGACAGCCAUGAGGAUAAGUUGACGCAAAUCAAUUAUUUUUGUAAGAUUAUAAUUAAUAAAUAUAAGUAUAUCCUACAUAUGGUAAAUAAUCAAAUGUUAUAUAAUAUGCAAUCAAUUGGACAAGUUAUCUCAAUGCUCUCGUAAGUAAGCAUUCAUGAAUGUCUACUCCUUAAUUGUCAAUCAACAGAUGACAAAAUAAACAAAUUUGGUAGGGGAGAAGCACCUCCCUUGCCCAAACAACA